UUUUUAACGAACUUUAUAGCAAAAUUUUUUUUUUCUAAAAAAACACAAAAAUGUCUUCUACACGUUGGGGUGGUACUCCAUUAUGUCCACGUUGCCAAAAGGCAGUGUAUAUGGCUGAACAGGUUAUUGGCCCAAAUGGUCCAUGGCACAAAGCGUGUCUUACUUGCAUUGACUGUAAAAAACGUUUGGAUUCUUAUACUCUUGCAGAACAUGAAGGAGAGGCUUAUUGUAAAACCUGUCAUGUACGUCGGUUCGGUCCAAAAGGUUAUGGAUAUGGCUCGGGAGCUUCUUUCUUAAACACAGACAGACCUAUUGAGAAACCAAAUAGUAAUGAACCCAUCUUGGAUAAGUUUUCUCAAUCGCCACCUAAAUCACCAAUAAGUGCAUCAACUGGAUUUUUCAGUACUAGAUCUCAAUCGCCCAAAAGUUCCAAACGUACUUGGACUCUCCCAACUAACAAUGAUAUAUGCCCACGCUGUUCAAAAGCUGUUUAUGCAGCCGAAUCGGCAUUAGGUGCUGGUGUUAAAUAUCACAAAUUAUGUCUACGCUGUGUUAAUUGCGAUAAGCUUGUGAGUUCCUCUAAUUUAGCAGACCGAGAAAGCAAGAUUUAUUGCAGACCAUGCUAUUCUAAAGCGUUUGGCCCAAAGGGCUACGGAUAUGGUAAUGGUGCGGCAUUUUUGACUACUGAAGGUGCAGCCACCUGAUUUUGCAAACAUUAUUAUUAUUCAUUAAUGGACUGUUGAAUUACAAUUUUGACAACCGAAAACAAACAUUUUUACUUCAUUUUUGAAUAUCAUUUUUUAAUUUUAUGUAUUUAUUUUUACUUGGAUGUACAUUUAUUUUUUAGUUGCUUAUUUUAUUUAUUUCUACAUUAAUUAUGUAGUAGUUUUAUAUAUAUAUCACAUAUGUAGCAUGUAUUUUUAUUAUUUUUAAUAACAAUUCGAUAGGAUUGGCUGGUCUUUUGUAAC